AUGGGUACGAUUUUCCGAUCAGAAUGGAUGUCUUUAUGUCAAGUGUUUCUUCAAACCGACAGCGCGUAUGCGUGUGUCGCCGAAUUGGGCGAACUCGGUUUAGCUCAAUUCAGAGAUUUAAACGGUGAUGCGAACAACUAUCAACGCAAAUUCGUCAACGAAAUCCGCCGUUGCGAUGAGAUGGAGCGCAAAUUGAGAUUCAUCGAGGAAGAGGUGGUCAAGGACAGCUUGGAGGUUGACGACGCCAACAUGUACAUCAAGGCCCCGCAGCCGAAAGAGAUGACCGAGCUCGAGGCAAAUCUUGAGAAAGUCGAGGAGGAGCUCAUCUCGAUCAAUGCAAAUACGAAAGUUUUGCAGAAGAAUUUCACUCAAUUGAUGGAGAUGCGAGCUGUUAUUGAAAGUGUCAAAGUGCUCCUCGAUUCGGGCUCUCGCAUGCAUGCAGCUCAAUCAAUCUCUGAAGCAGCGCGCGGAGAAGCGGGACCAAUUCAAGUCGGAAUCACACCCAAUUUCGAUCAAUACGACAAGGAGAACAGAGAAAGCACAGAGUUAAAAUUUGUCACUGGAGUAAUCCAGCGCUCAAAGGGAGCCACUUUCGAGCGUUUUCUUUGGCGAAUGUGCCGUGGAAAGGUGUUCGUUCGAAUGAUGGAUAUUUCAAUUCCAAAUGUGACUGGGUUAGCCGACGUUCCAACCGAGAAAGCUGUUUUCAUUCUUUUCUUCUCCGGUGAGGCGUUGCGUAGUCGUGUCAAGAGGAUUUGUCAGGGUUUCCAUGCCGAGAUCUACAACUGUCCGGAUAACGUUGUCGAGCGAGCCAGCCUCCUCGUUCAAAUCAACACCCAAGUAGAAGACAUGCAAUCAGUGCUCAACAAAACUCUCGAGCAUCGCCGCCGUGUCGUUCUCGCUUCUGGGAUGAAUGUGAAGCUGUGGAGCUUCAAGGUCCUAAAAAUCAAGUCAAUUUUCCACACUCUGAACAUGUUCUCAAUUGAUGUGACGCAGAAAUGCUUGAUCGCCGAGUGCUGGAUGCCGACUGCGGAUAUGUCGAUGGUUAUGGAUGCUCUCCGCAGGGGAACCGAGAUGUCCGGCUCAACGGUGAUGCCAGUAUUGAACGAGAUGGAAACCCACGAAACCCCGCCCACCUAUUUCAAGCUAAACAAAUUCACGCUCGGUUUCCAGAACAUCGUUGACGCUUACGGUAUCGCCAACUAUCGAGAGGUGAAUCCAGCUCCAUGGACGAUCAUUUCGUUCCCAUUCCUUUUCGCUUGCAUGUUCGGUGAUGCCGGUCACGGUAUUGUCAUGUUCUUAACGGCACUCCUUUUCCUCAUCUUCGAGAAGAAAAUCAUCGCCGCGAAAAUCAAAGACGAGAUCUUCAACACUUUCUUUGGUGGUCGCUAUGUGAUCAUUCUGAUGGGUGCUUUCUCCAUUUAUACAGGAACUCUCUACAAUGAUUUCUACUCAAAAUCUGUAAACAUUUUUGGAAGCAAGUGGACAAAUCCGAUCAACUACACCGAUUUGGCCGUUUGGGAGGUACGUGGAGCGACUCAGGAUCAAGAUCUCGACUUCACUUUCAGCCCCAAUCCUGCUUUUGAUCACGAUUCGGGACCAUAUCCUUGGGGAGUCGAUCCUGUGUGGAAUCUCGCUAAGAACAAGCUCAACUUCUUGAAUCCAAUGAAAAUGAAAAUGUCAAUUUGCAUUGGAAUCUCGCAAAUGUUCUUCGGUGUCAUGCUUUCAUUGCUAAAUCAUGUCUACAAUCGUUCUUGGCUUGAUGUGAUUUUUGUUUUCAUCCCGCAAAUGUUAUUCUUAUGCUGCAUUUUCGUCUAUCUUUGCAUACAGGUUAUCAUCAAAUGGCUUUUCUUCUAUGUUGACGGAAAGUUCAUCUUUGGUAAUUGGUAUCCGGGCAGUAACUGUGCUCCAUCGUUGCUCAUCGGUUUAAUCAGCAUGUUCAUGAUGAAAUCGCGCGAUGACGGUUUCGUCAAGGGAAACGUACCGAAUUACGAUGAUGAGACGCAACAAUUCGAUCAAUGCUAUCUUCAAUUGUGGUAUCCUGGACAGGCUAUGGCCGAGCAGAUCCUUUUGGCGGUGGCUGUGCUUUCAAUCCCGGUUAUGUUGCUCGUCAAGCCCAUUUAUCAAUUGAUGCAACACAAGCGAGGAGUGCCGAUUUCUGGUGGACAUGGACAUGGAGAAGACGAUACUGGAGAGUUCAACUUUGGUGAUGUGAUGGUCUACCAAGCGAUUCAUACAAUCGAGUUCGCGUUGGGUUGUGUCUCACACACAGCCUCGUACCUUCGUCUUUGGGCUCUUUCACUCGCUCAUGCUCAGCUCUCCGAAGUGUUAUGGGACAUGCUUUUCCACAUGGGACUCACCUUUUCAACUGGCUACUUGGGCGCGGUGAUGAUUUUCAUCUUCUUCUCCAUUUUCGCCGUCCUUUCCGUGUCAAUUCUCAUCUUGAUGGAGGGUCUCUCAGCUUUUCUGCACGCACUUCGUUUACAUUGGGUCGAGUUUCAAUCGAAAUUCUAUGGUGGUACGGGAAUCGCUUUCGAACCUUUCUCUUUCAUCAAACUCAUUCGUCUCGCCGAGGGAUUAGAUCAA